AUGUCCAGUGAGUCAUUGGCGCAGGAUGGGCACGAGCUGACCACUGUGUAUCCUAUGGAUGUGGUUGUGGUGCAGUUUGAGUUCAAUGCUGGCAACAAGAAGGAGAAGUACCUGAGCAUGCAGCCUGGCGACACGGUGUAUGUGCUUGCGAAGGACCAGUCUGGGUGGUGGGACGGUCUUAUUAUAGAUGAGAAGAGUGACAAGGCUGUCCGUGGGUGGUUCCCGCAGAACUACACGAAACCGUUGCGGGAUCACCACAGACUCUUUGGGAAGCGAUCAAGCUCGCGCAGCUCGCGUAGAAGCAGUUUCAACAGCACGUCCAGGCCGAGCGUGGCGAUGAACGUGAUCGGUGGCAACGCGGGUACUGGAGAUGGGGGAAGUAUAGGUGCUUAUCUCAACGUGGUAAACUCGAGAAACAGUAUGAGCAGACGUGGUUCGUCGCACUUGGCACAGUCCUCUACUUCCCCUAUGUUGAUGACUUCUACUAGUGGGUCUCUGGAGAGGACAAAUUCCAUGCCUCAUAAUGCGCUAUCGCCUAGAAUGAAAGGCCAGGAUAAUGCGCGCUCAUCUUCGGUGAUUUCACACAAGCCAAAUUUGAGCACGUCCUCCUCCAGAUCGAUGUCAAGUGUGGAAGUCAGAAACCAGCGAGAGGCAUCUAAGAGUUCAGAGACAACCGCAGACAAACAUGAGGAGAUUAAAGUUUUAUCCCUAGAAGAAAUAGAGAUGGUCAUUAAUAGUUUACACUCAGAUAUUACCCCUACAUGGGUUCCGAUACCUUUAGUGACAACUAGUGGAGUAGAAGGCAAGACUAAUGAUAAGUUGGUCUACUAUAAUAAAGAUUUAGAUUUAUACUGUUCUGAGCUGCCAUUGAUCUCUAACUUGAAUUUUGAAUCAGAACUUGAGGCUAAUCGUGAUACCAAAUUUCCAACACAUGAUCACUUAGUGAGUUUACAACCAAAAUAUCUAAAGACAAUAACAGCCCCAAGUCCUAGAACGACACCUAGUUCUGAUAUACCAGCAGAUAUAGAUGAUGCUGCCUCUACAAAUAAAUCUGAAAAGGAUACUAACGAUCAUGGGAAUACAGAUAAUACUGAGGCAAAAAAAUAUGAAAAGGUUGAGAAGAACGAGAAGAAUGAAGAAACAGACGGGCAUAAAAAACAACACAGUUCACAUGUGAAGCAGCCUGUCAUGUCAAGAAGUGAUUGGUUUUAUCAGUUAUCCAAGGAUAUUACGACUUGGUCAGAAUUGCAUGAUUUAACGGCAUAUUAUGCCAAACUGGCACACAGAAUGUUUCUGUCGGACAACAAAUAUAACUUCAUGAAAUUUUUUGAUUUGACUUCUAAUUAUAUUACAUUUAUGGUAUUAGCAUGCAGGCUUAUUCAAAAUCAAGAAAAAUUAAGAAAUCUUCCCAAGGAUAUAAAGAAAGUAUUCAAGCAUAUGAUCACUUCUUUGGGUAAAAUAAAUAUCAACUCGAGAUUAUUUUUCGAUGCAUCCCUCCGCAAGAAAUAUCAAUUCACUGGUGUGGAAUCUUUGGCAAAUAACACUCAGAAUCAAAAUAUCGAUAAUAAUGAUGAUGCUGCUGCUGCAGGGAAAGCCCGUGAGGAUAUAUUUGAGAAUAGCCCAAAUGCAGGAGACAGCCCACUUGCUGGUAAGAGAAAUGUAAGUACGAGCACGACAGAUACAUUAAUUCCGUACCACAAAAAUAGCUUAACUACAGAAGAAGAUAGCGGAAAUAACAGUGAUCUGAUUUCACCUUCUUAUAUUGAUGCAAAUCAGUUUUAUGCUCAUAGUUUAUCCAACUAUCAAAGGAACUCAGUCACGGCAAGUACCCCACGAACAUCAAUUCAAAGUACUGGUAUAAACUCUUCGGCAGCCACACCAACAGCAAAGGAAAAUAUACCAAAAUCAUUAACAAAAACUAUUUAUGACAUAAUUGACACCGAGUUCAAUAGACUGUUCAAGCAUAUUCAAUACCUUCAUCAUAUCCUACAAAUGUCGGUAAUUAAUGGUGAUGAUGCCUUACCACAGCUAUUACCAAGAUUCUUGAAGUCAUCUUUUAAUGGAGGAUCGUGGAAUAAUCCUUUUUCUAGCUUUAUUUCUAGUGACUCGACUAUUAAUCAAAAGAAUAGCUCACAUUCAAGUACUAGGAAUAGCAACAAUGAUAUUUUGUCGAGAUCGCAUAAUUCUUCAUUAUCGGCAAUCCAAGGAAAGUUAGGUGAUUCGUUUGCUUCAGCUGCUGGCAGCUCAGGUUUUGUAAAUGAUAACCCAUUAAUGCAUAGUAGUUCAGCCGGUAAUUUACCUCCUUUGGCAUCAGCACCCUCCUUCGUUAAUAGUUCAAAGGGAAAUCCCGCUAGACACUUUUUGAGAAAUAGACCAUCCAAGAGACGGUCAAGAUAUCCGUUAAAUAAUGAGACAUUGGCGACAAUGAAUAGAAUCUCUUCUCAGAUAUAUGAUAGACUAAACAGCCUAAACGGUGAGCACUUGAAUAUCAUGAAUCAGCCAAAGACGAGGAUGAGAAACCUUGAAAUUAAUUCUAGUAUUUAUGAACAAGUGAAUCAAAAUAAUUUAAUGCUGGAAAUUCUUGAGAAUUUAGAUUUAACCAUUUUCAUAAAUCUGAAAAGAUUAAUAAAGGCUCCACCCUCAACUUUAGAUCCAGAAAGCCAAGAGUUUUUGAUUCACGCUAUGUCUUCAAUAUCUUCAGUAUUGAUAGAGUUUUUUGAUAUUAAGCAGGCAUUUCAUGAUAUUGUUAUGCGUUUAAUUAUGACCUCCCAGCAAACUACAUUAGAUGAUCCAUAUUCUUUUGCAUCAAUGAGAUCAAAUUUGAUUGUUGGAUACUAUGAACCCAUGAAACGAACUAAUACUAUUGGAAUGAAAAGCUUCAAUCAAAGAAAGACUGAUAAACAUGCUGCAGAAUUGUAUAAAUCAUUAGUUAGUCAAGAUGUUGAGUUUAAUGACCUGAACUUCUUGAAUAACUCUGAUGAUUUCAUAGAUGCGUGUGAAAAAUAUGUUGAGAUUGCAAACCUAUCUUGUAUCGUUGUCGAGCAACUAACAGAAGAGCGUGAGAAUUUAUUGAAUUAUGCUGCGAGAAUGAUGAAGAAUAGAUUGACUACCGAACUUUUAAAGGGUGAACAAGAACGCUGGUUUGAUAUUUAUUCUGAGAAUAACUCUGACGAUGAGGAUGAAUUACCCCGUGAAAACGAGGCAGGUGAAGAAAAUGAAGCACAAAAAGAAGUAUCAGGACAAGUAACUGAAUUACCAUGGUUUCUGUUGCCGGAAUACGAAGAUGAUUUGAUCUACGAUACCAAAGGUAAAAUUCGUGGUGGAACAAAGGUUGCACUUAUCGAACACCUAACGUGUCAUAGUAUUAUCGAUGCAAGUUUCAAUGUUACAUUGCUAAUGACCUUCAGAAGUUUUAUGACUACAAGGGAAUUCUUUUAUGCAUUGAUUUAUAGAUACAACCUAUACCCGCCUGAAGGUUUGAGUUUUGAUGAGUAUAAUAUCUGGAUAGAAAGAAAGCUGAAUCCUGUGAAAUGUAGAGUUGUGAAUAUUAUGAAAACCUUUUUGACUCAGUACUGGACGCCCAAAUAUAAUGAAUCAGGCGUAGGUGUUAUUGUUAGCUUUGCCAAGAUGGCCAUAUCAGAGAAAAUACCUGGUUCCGACAUACUACUAUCAAAAAUUAAUGAAAACAUUUUUGGGAAUGAUGCUCAAACACCAUUGGAAGGUGAGAAUCCUUUGAAUUCCCUUCAAUCUGUUGGCCUGCCAACCAAGAAUAAUGUUGAACAAACUGCUGUUAAAUUGCAUAGCUCAAUGAAAUCCUCUGACUUAUUGGAUAUUGAUCCGUAUUUAUAUGCAGCACAACUGACUCUAAUUGAACAUGACUUGUAUCUGAGAAUAACUAUGUUUGAAUGUUUAGACAGAGCUUGGGGAAAUAAGUACUGUGAUAUGGGCGGCUCACCUAACAUUACAAGAUUUAUUGCGAAUGCCAAUAGUUUGACCAAUUAUGUUUCUUUCACAAUUGUCAAACAUGCUGAUGUUCAGAAAAGAGCUAAAUUAAUUCAAUAUUUCAUUACAGUUGCUCAGCAUUGUAAAGAGUUGAACAAUUUUUCAUCAAUGACCGCUAUCGUUUCAGCCUUAUAUUCUUCGCCUAUUUAUAGGUUGAAGCAAACAUGGAAUUUAGUACCAACCGAAACAAAAGAAGUGUUAGAUAACUUAAACAGUUUGAUGGACUCGAAGAGAAAUUUUAUCAAAUAUAGGGAAUUACUGAGAUCGGUUAAGGAUGUCGCUUGUGUUCCAUUUUUUGGUGUCUAUCUAUCAGAUUUAACAUUCACAUUCGCAGGUAAUAGUGAUUAUCUUGAUGGAAAAACAGAUAUAAUUAAUUUCGGAAAGCGGUCGAAAAUUGCAAAUAUUAUUGAGGGCAUUUUGACUUUCAAGAAAUUCCAUUACAAGCUAAAGAGGCUAGAUGAUGUGCAAACUGGAAUUGAAGAGGGAUUAGAAGGCGUUCCUCAUAUAGAGAAGCAAUACCAACUAUCUCUGCAGAUUGAACCUCGUCCGGAAACCACAAAAACUGGUAAUACCAGCGGACACCACUCCCAUGAUAGACUUAACAAAAGUAGUAAUCCAGAAUACGCAGAGGAAAAACCACAACCUUUCAUAAACUUUAGGCGAAAGAAACAAACCUCUAAAUUCUUUGGAUAA